CAAAUUUUCACCUUGCGAGUCAUAACCCGGAGGCGGAGGUCUCAACCCGGAGUCCGAGAGAGGCUGGUUUUAUUUAGGAGUUAGAAAUGGAAUCAAGAUAUCUUCAAAAGUGUCUGGGGACAUGCCUGACUCAAGGCCUCACAGAAGUUGCCAAAGUUCGCCCAUUGGAUCCAAUUGAAUAUUUAGCCUUUUGGCUUUAUAAGCACAAGGAAAACAUGAACAUGGAGCAAAUGAGACAGAGAGAAAUGAUUACAUUGGAGCAUGAGAGAGAAUUAGCCAUGAUGGAGCAGGAAAUGCUGGAGCGACUCAAAGCAGAAGAACUCUUAUUUCAGCAGCAGUUGGCAAUCCAGUUGGAGUUGGAAAUGCAACAAAAAGAGAAACAGAAGUCAGAAGAUUUCCAGACAGGGCAAGAAAAAUCAAGUAAGAACAUGAUGAGCAUGGAGAGCACGGCUAGGGGUGAGGAGCAGGAGCCCAUGCAGGCAGAGGAAUUGGUGAUGGACUCGGCUAAAACCCUAGCGGAGAUUAGCGAUCGUUACGGGGCGCCUAACUUGAGCCGGGUGGAGGAACUCGAUGAGCCAAUGUUAUCUGAUAAUGGUGUCUCGGCGCCUCCCUGAAGCGUGGCGGCAGCACAAAUAUAACCAGAAUAGACUUAAGUUUGGCUCAAGAAAUGGGGGAGAGGGAGCCGAGAAGGAAACCCAGCCUUUGUCCCCGAGCAGCUGAGCUGUUACCUUAAACAUUGAUCAAGAUCUGUAGGACCAACCACCUGCAAAGAAAUAUUUUCUACCUGUUUCAAACUUCAAAUCACAAGGGCCCUAACAUGUAUUUUUCUCUUUUCAAACUUGGGCCCUACUCCCCUUCCCAUCAACUCACUAACUUUA